AUGGAGACAGAUGAUAACAGCAACAACCUCCCGAACGGACCAGGCCUCGAAAGUAUCAAGACCAAAAACAUACGGACUGUCACAGACCUCCGCGAGAUUCUUGGGUUCGGAAGGGGUGAAUUCGACCAAUCCAGAGCCUUCAAGAAGGCCGUUAAGCACUUCGCGUCCGAGUUUAUCGCUGAGGACGGUCACCCCGGGCCCACGUUUACGAGAUGGAGCGACAGCCUUCAUAAGAAGGUCUUCUCCGACAUGGCGAGAAGGUUUCUCGAGAAACACGGGCGUGAGUUUUGGCCUGACAGUCCGAUCACCCAGCGCCUUCAGUACGAGAAGGAUCAUGCCCAACUCUUAAUCCUACUGGCGCAGCUCUUUUUUCGACAAAACGAGCUAUGCCAGCGAAAGACGCCCGAAAAGACAUCCAAAGAAAGGUCCCGAAAGACUCCCAACAAGCUGGCCUCUGUAGAUACCCCCGAGUCAAUGCCUAGAAGGUCUUAUCCAGAGGGAUCAACUAGAGAAACGCCCAUCGAUUUAGAGGACUAUGAUGCCCUGAGAGGCAAUGGACCUGGUACUUCUGCCCAUGAUCAUCACGUUGUUCUGUCUCAGGAUGAAUCAACCGAACCCUAUUCUGCACCAAAAAGUGUCUCCCAAGCACUGAACCAUCCCCCUGAGCGAUCGACCUCUGACGGUCCCAUCCUGCAACCGAGCCCGCCCCCUCACACGCAGACAGAAGAUGUGCCGCCCAUGGAAGACAUGCACGAAGAAUCUAACGCUCCAGAAGUAUCUGCAUCUUCACCGUCGGCCUCUGCUCCUGUGGCGGUGAUGGCUCUGGAGUCUGUGGAGAACCACCAUGACACCGACAGUUCUCGGCGCAAUGCCAGUGAUGAUCCUUUCGAUGGCUCUCCUGAAGACCCCAACAGGAUAUUUGACUGUGAUGCUGAACACGCUAUUCGGCAACGAUUGAGAAGUAUUACAAUGCGCGUCAUGCCGGACCUAGAAGACGGAAGCCUCCCAGAACCAGACUUCCAACCAGAAGAUGAACCAGACUUUGAGCUGCAAACUUCUCCUGGACGAGAACAAGAGCCACGCCAGGGGCGAGAGCAACUUAACGUUGAAAUGGAGCGACGAGAAUCCCAUCAAAGCGAUUUGAACUCUUCUGUCAAUGAGUGUCUAGCCAACACUACCAGCACCGAGACUGACAACAUUACCGCGUCUACAAACGACUUUAACAUCGACUACACCGUGUACAACGAUGAAGAAGAGCCAGUGUCAAGCUGGAGCCCACCGAGACACUUCUUCACCAUGUCCUUUGAUGAGCUAGUCGAAGCCCUGCCCCUGAAGCGACCCCGCGGACUUCGCCUGUGUCUGGAGGGAGCUGUGAAGCGCAAGGGGUUUUCAAGGACAGCCUGUGACCAAGAGAGGUUCAAGUUGCAUCAGUGGAGAUUCGGGGAGAUGAUGAGAAGUUGGGAGGAUGAGAUUGCCUCAAAAGGCGGACCGAAGCCUAGCUUCGAGAUUAUCAUUGAACCGCUCAAGUAA